UGGGAUUCUCGCACCUCACACUGAGCCGGUCAUUAAUUGCCAACCAGGUUCAGCCAUGCUCGCCAAACCCAGCGUUUCGGUCUUGGGUGCAGACCCUGCCCACCGCAGAUGCAUACUCAACGGCAAUGCAUUCCAGCAGGACGCAAUCACGACGUUCAACGGCUGGCAGUACGCCGCGUUCUAUGGAAACCUCGGCCCCGGCGCCCCCCCUGAGCCCCUUUACGUCCAUCUGGCGAGGAGAAAAUUGCCAUAUGGGCAAUGGAAUACGUUGGUGUUUGGCGACUACCCCCAGACAGUAGACGAUGGACACAACACGGUCCAGCUGGGCAUCUGUCCAGGGGAUGGCACUAUCCACCUGUCCUACGACCACCACUGUGACGUUCUAAGGUAUCGGCGAUCGAUUCGCAAGGUUGCCAGCUUCCCGGCCCAGUUCGCAUGGACGCCGGCGCUCUUCACCCCAACUCUCGAUUAUUUCCCCGGCCUGCCGCCGACCCACAAGCUCUUCGGGUACGUGACGUAUCCGCGCUUUGGUGCCAUGGGGGACGACAACAUGUUCUGUUCCUUCCGCGACGGGAAGGCCGGGCUCGGCAACGACCAUCUGUACAUCUACCACGGAGGCAGCACGGGGCUCUUCACCUUCGCGGGGACGCCGCUGACGGGCAUCCGGAGCAACCCAUACGUGCACGGCAUAGACUACCGGGCCGGACGCCUCCACGUGACGUGGGUCUACCGCGGCUUCGUGAACUACGACGGCUGGGACGACCCGCUCGACACCAAGCACAAGCAGCAGGCAGGGCCGAACAGCGCGGCCAACAACCACGACAUAUGCUACGCGUACAGCGACGACCAGGGUUACACGUGGAAUAAUGGAAGCGGCAAGGUGGUUGCGGAUCUGAAAGACGGCGGGACUAUCGACAACAAGUCCGAGGGUAUCGUCGCGUUCCGUAUUCCCAAGGGGUCCGGGCUGAUGAACCAGGAGGCGCAGGCCGUCGACCACGACGGCGGGGUGCAUGUGCUCAAUCGGGACACGCUGGAUGGCGGAACGUACUUGUGGAAGCAUUACUAUCGGUCUCCGGAAGGGACAUGGAGGCAGCAAGGAAUCCAACCAAUUGACGGGACCAGGCGCGGCAGGUUGGCCAUCAGUAAAAACGGCGAUUUGUUUCUUAUUCUGCCAGAAACGACAACGCCGAGAAUUCGAAUAUUGAAAGCGACCAAGGCGAGUGGAUACUCCCACUAUGAGAAGGUCUGGGAGGGGCACGGGUAUACCGGAGAGCCCUUGGUUGAUACGGCCAGGCUCGAGCACGAUAACGUCUUGUCUGUGUUUGUGCGCGCUGAUGUCGACGGUGCGACGGAUAAGAAGAACGUUGUGGUUUUGGACUUUCGGCUCUAGAGAAUAGAAAUAGAAAGGCAAGAGUAGGUUUGGUUCCUGAGGCCUCUGUUUUGAAUGCUCCAACUCGGCCUCCCUGUCUCACGCAAAUGCCAUGCCUAUUUACGGUGAUGAUGGGAAAGCUCUUGACCUGCACGGGGAGGAAAAGACCGGUAGGAGACGGUAAAAGGAUGUUCUCAAAUCGUCAAAGUGAUUAAGCAACUGAGUUGGAACUAGGAGUGGUUCAUGACAUGAGCUCACGGGGUAUUCGUUGGGGAAAAUACGAUCGAAAUGCUGCCAAAGCCACAUGUUAACAUCACGCCCUAGAACCGAAGGAUCCGACGCCACGGCACAAUACGUGACUCACAAUCCCUAGGUGCUUGGGCUGAGCUCCGGCUCCGGGUUACUACACCCCUUCCCUUUUGCUAAAGGGUCGGUCCAUGCAACCAUCACGAUACGUAUCGGGCGCAACGAAAUGCAUUAUCAUUAUCUCAUGCAGCAAAACCCGG